CGAAAGAAAAACGUAUUUUUGAGCAGGAGGGGAAGUCUGGAGCAGCAGCCUCAACCCGUCCAGAAUGGGCCUUAUAUAGUGUUAUGUCAUUUCUGACACCGCACAUUAGGAAGAGAAAAUCUGUGGACAAUUUUCAAACAAAGGCGUUGGUAUCUAAAACUACACCUUCACCAGAUGAAGAAAUAAUAAUAAAUGAGCAAGCUGUGGACAUUAAUAGCGCACCCUUUAUAAUUUCUACCUGUUCUACCCUCUCCUCGCCUGGCUGUAGCUCAUCAGCUGCUAAUAUGCCUUAUUUGGGACCUACAAGUCGUAAGAGGUCAAAGGUGGACGAAACAGAUGAAUUGUUCAGAGAGACUCUUACUAAUUUAAAUAAAUCUAUGGCUGUAGCCAGUGCUCCUACUCCACCACUAUCAUCACCACCUUCAAUUAAUGAUCCAGACGUCUUGAUUAGCAGAAACAAGGAAAUUUAG